CGGUGAUGUAAGCGACGGCAAGACCAAAGUCUGGACUUAAAAACUGUCACAUACACUAACACAGAGGCACUGACAUAGAUCUGUCCGGCUUCACCUGUGUACAACAGCUCAACUCACAACAGGGGUGCGCCUUAUUCACAGGGCAUGGAGAAAGCGAAGCAGGAUCCAUUCGACAGAGCCAGGAUGCAGGUGAUCAAGGACGGCUAUGAACGGGCGUUCGAGUGCAUCAACAGGGCUCUUUCUGAAGAUGAAGCGGGCCAUAAGACGGAAGCGUUGAAGCUUUACCGUCAGGGACGACAGUAUCUUCUCAGAGCCCUCAGCGUGCCUACGAGCGGAGACGAGUGCGUGGGCGCUCAGUGGGAUUCGGCUCGGCAGAUGCAGCAGAAAAUGCAGGAGACUCUAAACAACAUCAUGUCUCGAUUAACAGUGCUAGAGAACAGCACGGAUAUCUCAGCUCCUUCUUCUGUCCCGGGCCCCUCUAACGAGGCAUCUUCUCAUAACCUGUACCCCACACUACCUCAGAGACCAGCACCACCCACGGUCCUGUUCUCCAACAACCAGCCCGCACGAACCGACCAGCCACCCGCGUACUCCCCGCAAGCUGCUGUCGGACACGUCAGUAUUUCGUACGGAACAGCUUCAGGAGAGCUGUCUUUAGUUGGGGACGAGUUCUACAGCCAAACGUCCAGCUCUAAUACCUCGCCACAGUUCCUGGGGGAAGAAGGAGAGGAGCUGCUUUUUCUGCCCAACGGCGUGCAGAUCUUUUUCGUGACCCCCGAAGGACAUGUGAGUGCACCCUCUUACCCAGGAUACCUGCGUAUCGUCAAGUUCACCAACGACUCUUCGGAGAUGAUGCCCUCCAGACCACCCGCCUUCCUACAGGUGUGUGACUGGCUUUACCCGCUCAUGACCACUGAUUCUCCAGUCCUGCUGUGUAACACAGGAGUCUACAUGUUCCCUGACCUGAUGGCUCCCGCUACAGGCUACUAUGUGGGUGUGGUGCUGUCCUCUGAACUUCCCCCGGCUGAGCGGGACCUCUUCCAGGACGUCCUAUCCCAACUGACGGACCUGAGAGUCCAGCCAUCCGGUGAAGGGGCAGACGCAGACGCUAUUAACCUGCCGCAGAAGGUGCACCUAGAGCCGGCAGUGAGUGAGGUGGCGCCCCCUGCUGAGGAGGACGAGACCGUGCUUCCAGAGUGGAGCGAGAAAGUAGCUCAUGGGAUUCUUACAGGAGCUUCCUGGCUGAGCUGGGGAUUAACGAAGGGAGCUGAAUACACAGGCAAGGCCAUCCAGAAAGGAGCCUCCAAGCUGAGGGAGCACAUCACACCCGAUGACGCACCGACCCAGGUCAGCCCUACGGUCGCGAAAAGCCUCCACGUAGCCAAGCAGGCCACAGGAGGCGCCGUGAAAGUCAGCCAGUUUCUGGUGGACGGACUGUGCACCAUCGCUGGUCACGUGGGCAGAGAACUAGCUCCUCACGUAAAGAAACACGGCGCUAAACUGAUCCCAGAGUCCAUGAAGAAGGACAAGGAAGGGCGAUCUAAUAUUGAUGGCGCCAUGGUCGUAGCUGCAAGUGGAGUUCAAGGAUUUGCCACGAUGUGGACAGGUCUGGAAACCGCAGCUAAGAACAUCGCAAAGAGCGUCGCGACCGAAACCGUCACCACCGUCAAGCAUAAGUAUGGGGCUGAAGCAGGGCAGGCUACCGACCACGCCGUCAACUCCGCCAUUAACGUGGGCGUCACCGCGUUCAACAUCGACAACCUGGGCGUCAAGGCCAUCGUGAAAAAGACGGGAAAAGAAACAGCACACGCCAUUCUGAAAGACUACAGAGUGCAAGAUGGAGAGGAGAAGGAGAACGAGAAGCAAGAGGAGAAGCCCAAAGAUCAGAAAUAGACUGUUUAGAUUUUCUAUUUUACAGUAAAAUUUUAAAUGAAAAAAAAAAAAAUCCUAUUUUAUGAAUGUAAAUGUGUUUACCAUCAAGAUGACGGUAAUCCUGACCUGCUUUAGAUAAUUUACAAAAGAAUAACCUCUAACGGCUCUCCCUGUUUCAUUAUUUACCAACAUGCUGCAUAUACAGUACAUUCUACUUUGGGUGUUUUUUUUUUUUUUUUAUACUGAUAUUCCGACUUUAAUGAGGAGCUUGAUCGAUGCCUUAUUCUCUAGUAGCUGUGAACGUUUUACAGAUAGCUACCUAAUGCAGAAAUUUAGAACGGUUUCACUUUGGCCUUUAUUUAUCAGAGUUAUGGCUGUCAUAGGAUUAAAACUGAACACCAAACAAGCAUGAUAUCACUAUUUAUCAACUUCCUCUAUCAAAAGCUGGAUGAACCUGAGUCAGGUCAGUGAGGGCGUAAAUCUGGUGUGAACAAACCACUUAUUUUAUAAGAUAAGACAGUGUAAGACUGACAAGUGGAAGGAGUCUCCAGUGCAAGUGACUUGUAACAGUAAUCUGCUUAUACAGGAUCAUAAGGAGCUUUGAAGCCUAUCCCAGGAGACUUUGGGCAUGAGGCAGGGCUGGACAGGCACACCCAGACACCUUCCCACACUACGGGCAGACCAAUUAACCUAAUCUGCAUGUCUAUGGACUUUGGGAGGAAGCCGGAGUACCCUCACCAAGCACAGGGAAAAUAUGCAACUCCACACACACACAUUGACCCGAGGAGGGAAUCGAACCCCGUCCCUUAAGGUGCAAGGCUACAGUGGAUUUCAUGAUUUCCACAACAUUUUAUGCAACUAUAAACACACUAUUCUGUUUUACUCCAUAAAGUAGCAUUUUUUUCUGACAGUUUUAUAAAAUAUUGUAACAUGUUAAUUCAUAAAAAAAAAAAAAAAAACUUCAUCUAGCCGUGUUGCACUGGAUGUACUCGGAUGGUGCUUAUACAGCAUAUAUAAUACUGUAUGUACAGAAGAUAAAUAAAGGCCAAAGUUAUUAUUAUUUUAAUUUAAGGGUUUAAUAAUGUAUGUUCUGUGUCUAAAUUCUGCACUAGAGAUUAUAGAUUACAGAUUUCUACAAUUUCACUGCUUAAUUAUAUAUUUUUUUUUUCUUGCAUUUUUAUCUGUUUUCAAGCUUAAUUUCUACUUUAAAGCACUUUACACUGUUAGGAAGCCAGGUAAUAUAAGAACAAAAGAAUAUUAAGUCACAUAUCUUUCUUUGAAGAUGCAUACACUGUACUACUAAUGGUUGUGAGAAAUAAGACCGAAAUAAUAUAUACUGUAUAUAUUUUCAAUAUUUUGAUGAAAGUCCUUUUGAACUACUAUUAAAAUUAUGCAUUGCUGUGCAGCUACUGAACAUGUUUCUGCUUUCACUGCUGCUAUUUUUAUUUUAAGUUUAAAGCACUAGUGAUUUGAUUGACAGGUACUGUAGGUGACGUUGAACUGAACUGCCAUUUUUACGAACAAUCUCAGACUCGUACUGUUCCGUCCCCGAGUGAAGAGACGUUCGACAGAAUGCUAAAGCUGAAAUGUUUAAAAGGAAACGUGACGCAGGAGCAAGUAUACUGUAGCUUCAGACUGCAAAGGAAUACCACUCGUGUGUCUCAUGUUCAGCACAUUCUACCUGCGUAAGCAUUAGGUUUAACUCCAGAUAAAUAAAUGGUUAAAAUAUUAGAUCAUUAUCUGACACAAUAAACUGUUCUA